UAACACUCUUAGCUCGAAGCAUCGUUGCACAGCCUCCUCCUUCCAGCUAGCAACAAAAAUCGAACAAAAACUGAUACUCGAAACUCACAAACACUCUUCCACCCGCCUUCUGAUUUCAACUCUAUGAGAUUCAAUUAUUAAUCUUUUUUUUUUCUUCAACUUUUGGGAUUUCGUUCGUUUUCUGCUUUCAAAAAGGCGUCAUUUUGCUACAAAACUGGCUAUGGACUACGAGCCAUACGACAGCAGUGGAACUGAUGACGACCUUCCACCAUCACAUCAGAAUAGAAUCCCUAGAGGAGGACGUGUUGCAGGAAAUGGAAGACCUCCUGUGGUUUCUGUUCCAUACCCUAGAAUGUAUGGUGACACUGAUAUGGAGACUCAAAUUCAUCAGCUUGAGCAAGAAGCAUACAGUUCAGUUCUGAGGGCCUUUAAAGCUCAAGCUGAUGCCAUUACUUGGGAGAAAGAAAGUUUGAUAACAGAACUAAGAAAAGAGUUGAGAUUAUCAAAUGAGGAGCACCGAGAGCUUCUAGGCAGGGUCAAUGCUGAUGAUACAAUAAUAAGAAUAAGGGAGUGGAGACAGGCAGGUGGGCUUCAACCUGGCAUGCACGCUAUUUCUCAAGCUGUUCAUGAUCCUACACCUAGCCCAACUGUCUCUGCGUCUCAUAAGAGACAAAAAAUAAACCAGCCAAUACCUUCUCAAUCUUUUGGCGGGCCAUCACAAUCAUUUCACCCUCAAGCAGUGACCGCAUCUGCAUCCCACCAACCAUCUUCAUCAGCUGCUAAACGAGGAUCUAUUUCAGGAUCCAAGGGCAAGAAACAUAAACCUGGAUUACCUGGUGUAUCGUCAAUGAAGUCCAUGCAAUACCCAUCAUCUGGUCCUGCUGGGAGGGGGCAAGUUGCUAAUAGGGCAUCAACAGGGGCUGCUUAUGUAGGUGAGCUCACUGAAGGAGCAACAUUUAAUCCUUUGAUUGGUAAGAGAGUCAGGACCCGGUGGCCUGAUGACAAUAACUUCUAUGAAGCUGUUAUAACUGACUACAACCCAGUUGAGGGACGACAUGCACUAGUCUAUGAUAUUGGUACCGCAAAUGAGACCUGGGAAUGGGUUAAUCUUUCAGAGAUCUCCCCUGAGGAUAUACAAUGGGAAGGUGAGGAUCCUGGAAUUUCACAUCGAGGAGGUUAUGGUGGACCAGGUCAUGGGGUGAGUAGAACUGUAGGUCGUGAUAUUUUUUCUGGCGCUGGAAGAGGUAGAGGUGUCCCAAAAGGUCAAUCCAGAAAAGAUUUUAUGCCAUCACAGAAUGGCAUUGGAAAGAAGGCACCAGAUGACAUACAAAUGCGUCACACUGCUAGUUUAAUCAAGGAGGUGGAGAAAGUCUUUGGUACAAAUCAUCCUGAUCCAGUAGAGGUUGAAAAGGCGAAGAGAGUGUUGAAGGAGCAAGAACAAGCACUUAUUGAUGCAAUUGCAAGGCUUGCUGACAUUUCUGAUGGUGAAAGUGAUGAGGGUGGCCGUCAAUUCUCACGCGGGCAGUCAAUGGGAGAAUGAAAGAGAAAAUGUUUUUGUUAGGAAGCAGCAUAGCUUACUUGCUUUAUACUUGGAAAGAUGAGAUUGGCGGAGGAUGAGGAUACUUACAGGGCAAUAAGAUGGAUACAGAUUAAUGGUUGAGAUGUCAAAGAGGACUGCACUAGAUUUAUAGGUCAAUUUAUUGUAUAAUGGUAAUUUCUAAUUCUAUUAGGCGUCCACAUGGUAAUAAAUGUGGGCUUGUGGCUACUGAUUGGUGUAACUGUAAGAUGGGGAAUUGUUUAUGGUAGCUGAGUGCUAAUUUUCUUCGUUAGUGAUUUAAAAUGCCAGUUUAGAAAGGCUGGUGUUUGUGUAACAUUAUUAGUGAUUGGUCUGUUGUGAUCAUGUAUAAAAUUUUGUUUAUUUCUGGCUCUA